CUUAUCAAGCAGCAGAUUCUCUCCCUCCAGCUUAGGAAGGAGCACCUUCUGCGCAAUCAUUUCUCAGCUGACGGAGGAAACCCAGCCACUAUUUGAAACCACUAUCAAAUCCCGGUCUGUGUCUGAGGACUGUGAUGCUAAAUUCACGUGCAUAGUGACAGGGUACCCGCAGCCAGAGGUGACAUGGUAUAAGGAUGAUGAAGAGAUGGACCGUUACUGUGGCUUACCCAAGUACGAGAUAUUCCGUCAUGGAAAUCGCCACACCCUGCAGCUGUACAAGUGCCGAGAAGAAGAUGCAGGCAUUUACCAGGCCUCAGCUAGAAAUAACAAAGGCAUCGUGUCCUGCUCUGGUGUGCUCGAAGUGGGAACCAUGACGGAGUUCAAAAUCCAUCAGCGGUGGUUCGACAAAAUUAAGAGAAAAGCUGAAGAAAAGUUGCGAGAGAUAGAACGGGGCAAGAAGCGAGGGAAAGAAAACGUGGAGGUAGAGAGGUUGCAGGGAAUGAGCCCUGACCGGCUUCAGAGAAAGCGGAGGCUGGCCAGGGAUCCUAACCUCCGGUUGGGAGCCUCUCCGUGGGAGAAGGAGGAUGCAGCAAAGGUGCAUGUUGCUGAUUCUCAGUCCAGAUUGCAUGAGAAUAUCACUGAGCCGAAGGAGCAAUUCCCAAGCAAACUGAUAACCCCUUUGAAAGCAGAGGUGACCACCAACGGAGAUGCCUCUUUGGAAAGUGUGGAGGAGAACGGGAAGAGCUUUCUCACGUACAUCUACGAGACGGUGGAGGACCUAGCAACUAAGCCAAAGGCAAAAGACUCUGCGGCUAAAAAGAAAAAGAAGGUGGAGGCUCCUCCAGCAGCAAAGCAGGAAGCUUCCAAGCAAGAAGAAAGUGGGCGAGACAGGGCCAGCCCCGCUCUGAACCCGAGGUUUGCCCCUCCUGUUGCCUUGCGCAGGGAUGCACGUUUGAGGGCGGCGAACGAUCAAGAAGCAGAAAAAGGUUCAAAAAUCAAAGAACCCGGGAAAGCUGUGAAUCAGGAUGCUAAAAUCAAUGGCGACAUGCACUUCUCUUUGCGAGAGAUGUAUUUUGAUAAGCAAGUGAAGCCAGCAGCAGGGAAGGAAGAGGUGGGAGCCAAGGAAGAGGCUGCAAGCAAGGCUGUCCUGCAGCCUGUGCCAGUCAGCAGACAGACAGAGGAUGCUCCGUCGUCCUCAGAGGUGUUGGAAGCAGGACCUGCACCACCUGAGGGGCAGAGAAGCCAGCACCAGGUGCAGAAGUCAGAGGGAAACAGAGCCAUCGGUCCAGAGGUGGCAGCAACAGUGGGACAGUCUGCUAGUGACCUAAAACAUCCAGUGUCCGAUCCAACCACAGAGACUGGUGAGCAAGCCACUAAGUUAGAGGAGCUCAGGAAAGAGAAGCCUGUCUGCCAGGAGAGCAGCGGGGCUGGGAAAAGGACAAAUCCUCGGCUGAGGUCUCAGGAGCCACCUAAGCCACCAGCACCUUCUCCAGACUGCGUGCAGUCCAACAAGGAGCACCCUCCCUUUAGGAAGCAGGGAGAAGGACAUUCCCAUGCUCUCGAGGGCAGAGAGAUCCAACAAGGACUGUUACAUCGAGAGGACAAAAGCCAAGGUGAGGAAGAGCCGUCACUAAAGAAGUCAAGUCCUCCAGAGCCUGGAGGGAAAACUCUUCUUGAGCAAAUCACGCCUCAGACAGCAGUCAAGGAUGGGAAGAGUGAAGAGGCAGGAGAAGAGCUGUCUGGGAGCCAUCCCAGGGCAGAGACAGGAGAGAGCGGUGCAGCAGAGCUGUCUCCUAGGGCUGCACACAGGGAGGUCAGAGGAACAUCUCUGGGACCUCGGGAGACUGAAAUGCCAGCUCCUGCUCUGGUUCGACUUGCUGAGGAAGUGCUGCUUCCUGCUCCUGCAGUGGAGAUGUCGCUGGCUCAGGAGGUGCCGCUUGUGGCUCAUGGUGCUCCAGGGGAGGAGGCUACGGCAGGAGAGGUCCUGUCUGGAGCCCAGCUGCUGCCUACUGCGAGCAGAGAGACGGACAUCAAAAAGGCAGAUGGAUCUGCCCCAAUGGAGGGGUUUUCAGCCAGCACGUUAUGGGAGGAAAGUGCCAAACCAGCGUCUGUAGGACCUCAGGGGAAGGAAGGAGGAGAGCAAACAGCCACAGCUCCUCACCAAGAACUGGCAGCACCUCUGGGCACUUUUCAAGGAGGUCCUGAGGUUCAGCCACAAGUACCACUGGUCCUGCCUAGCCCCGAGAGACCUCAAGAGAUGUCUUUGGAGGAGAAGAUGCAGCACAAAAACCUUGUUUCCUCCUUGAAGAACUACCUGCUACUGCUUUUAAAAAUGUCAGACAGCGGUAAGGAUGCCAUGAAGGAAGACACUGACCCCGGGGACAAGGAGCAGGACGAUGCACAGGAGGUUACGCUCCCAGAGAUAGGCAUUGCAGGCCUGAGUCCCCGCACCUCCAGGAGAGUUUUGGAAAAGGUCCAAAACAAUCAGCUCUUCCAGACAGCAGAGAACUUGCCUCUGACACCCAGGACAUCUAGGAGGAUCACAGGCAUGAUUAACGAGGAAUUUGUUACCAGCAAGGAGAUGUUGGCUUCCAGGCCUGUGCCACCCAAGAGACGUCCCCGGGUCACUCCCAAGGCGGAGGGGCCACCGCAGCUCUCUGUGCCCUCCAUCGUGGUGGGCAGUGUGCCGGCAGCAGGAGUAGAGCAGCCUUCUAACACCGUUUUUGAUUUGCCUCCAGCAAGCCCUGAAAAAGAGACCCUUGGUGACCCUCCGGCAGUGCUACCUUGUGCCACGCCAGAGGAGCUUGCUUCUGGGGCGCGGCGCAAAAUAUUCCUGCCAAAACCCAGGCAGGCUGGGGAGGAAGAGGAGGUAACCCCACAGAGCCCAGGACACAUGAGGAGUCCUAACGUUUCACCACGGCAGUCCAGGAAGAACACAGCCCUAUUGCAGUCACCUGCCCUGGCUCCAUCCCCUCCUGCAGAGCAGCACUCACCGACCCUCAUAAAGAAGAUGGACAGACUGGAGGUCCCUAAGCUGUAUGAGGAGCCCACAGGUGACAGCAGUGGCGACCAUGAGGUCCCUGAAGAUACUAAGCCAGAAGCACAGCCAGCAGAUUCCAAGAAAACAAAUAACCCAUUUAAAGCUCCACAGGUCAUCCGUAAGAUCAGGGCAGAACAAUUUUCCGAUGCAUUGGGAAACCUGAAACUUUGGUGCCAGUUCUUCAAUAUUGUGAGUGAUUCUAAGCUGAUGUGGUACAAGGAUGAGAUCCCUGUAGCAGAAACCCAAAGGAGCGCUGGUGAUGAGAGCCAGGCAGCCUUGGCUGUUGUGCAGGCAUCCCAGAAGGACUGCGGGGUCUACCGGUGCGUGAUCAGCAACGAGUAUGGCACUGACUCCACCGAUUUCUUGCUCAGCCCAGAAGUGCUGUCAGGAUUUAUCUUGCGGGAAGAGAUCGAAGUUGGAGAGGAGAUCGAGAUGACGCCCAUGGUGUUCGCGAAGGGUUUGGCCGAUGCAGGCUACUGGGGGGACAAGCUCUUCGGGCGUGUGGUGAGCGAAGACUUGGAAGUGGGUGCCGGUUUGCUGCGCAAAGCCUGUCGUGCCAGAGCCAUCUACGGCCUGGAGCCCGUCUUUGAGUCUGGAUGCACCUGCAUCAUCAAAGUGCACAAUUUCAUUGUCUUUGGGACCAAGAAUGAGAACAGCCUCAUUGAGAAGAACUACGACAUCACCAUCCAGGAAUGUAAAAUCCAGAACUCCAGCCGCGAGUACUGCAAGAUCUUCGCUGCUGAGGCACGAGCCGUCCCUGAUUUUGGAGCAGUGCCUGAGAUAAUUCCUCUGUAUCUGAUCUACCGACCGGCCAACAACAUCCCUUACGCCACGAUGGAGGAGGACCUGGGUGGGCCUUGCGAGCAGUACUGUGUCACCGAGAGAGAUGGCAGCUUGGUGACAAGACACACCUCAGAGAUUGUGCUCAAAUGCUGUACCUUCCAGCAUUGGGUCUACCAGUGGACAAAUGGAAACAUCCUUGUGACUGACAUGGAAGGAGUGGGCUGGAAGAUCACUAAUGUGCGCAUUGCUACCAACCUGAAAGGGUACCAGGGGCUGAAGGAAAGCUGCUUCCCCUCUGUGCUGGAGCAAUUCGCGGCCACCCACCGGUGCAACCAUUACUGCAGUAUCCUAGGCCUGAAGACACUGGAGCCAGCCAAGCCCAAGGGUUGCAAGAGUCCCUCCGUGGGUAGGAAAUCUGCCCAGUCCAGCCCCCAGCUCCAGAAGAAGGGACUGGCAAGUCCCCAGGGCACCCGCAAAGCUGCUGUGAGCCCCAAAAGCUCCCGGAGAGCUGCAGAAACAGGAGAUGGCCCAGCAGCCUCCAAACCUGGGUCGGGAGAGAGCGGGAUAUCUGAGCCUCCUGCUCCCUAA